AUGGAAAAAGCAAUUCGAACUAUACUUGAUCAAGCACAAAAUAAUAAUAUUCGACAUGGUGAACAUCUUAAAGCACUUGCUGAUCUUUAUUCAAAGUGCAAUCAACAAUCAUUUCAUGAUGAAUUUCUUCGUUGUAUAGCUUCAACUAUAACAUCUCCAUCAAAUUCAACAUUUGUUCAACAUGCUCUUCAAUUUAUUUCAUCUUUUCUUACCUUAGAAAUAGGUUCAUCAACAAAUAAUACGAAUGAUGAUUCUCAAAAUAAUGAUAGUAUGCAAACUGAUUUAUUUCAUCCAAUUUUACCACGUGUUAUACAAUUUUUUGAUGAACAUAAAAAUCAUCCAAGUGAUUAUGUUCGAGCAAAUAUAUGUGUUCUUAUUGGUCAAACAUUAGAAAAAAUGGCUGAGAAUGCUGAAUUAGAUGGUGAUUUAUUUGAAUUACUUGUUAAUAUUUGUCUCGAUCGAAUGAAUGAUCGAAGUUAUCAAGUACGAGCUCAAGCAGCUAAAUCUAGUGGUCGAUUACAAAAUACAAAAGAUCCUGAUGAUCUUAUUACAAAACGUCUUAUAUGGUUAAUGGAUCAUGAUUCACAUCCACUUGUUCGAAAAGAAUCACUUCGUUCAAUAGCUAUAACACGUUCAAAUUUACAACAUUUUCUACGACGUCUUACAGAUACAAAUGCAACUGUUCGUUUAUGUGCCUAUAAUGUAUUUGCACAAAAAGUACAAACAUUAAAAGUUUUACCAACCAUUGAACGAUGUCGUAUUGUUCGUAUGGGUAUGGAUGAUCCGGAAGAACCUGUUGUACGUGCUUUUGUUGAAUGUGUUGUACAUACAUGGAUUGAUAAAUUACCAGUACCAAUUGACGCUGAUCCAACAAAACAUCCUGAUGCACAUAAAACAAUAACUGGUUUUCUUAAAAUGAUUGAUGUAAUGAAUAUUGGUGAACAAACAGGACGAAUAUUAAAAAUGCUUUUUGAUGAUAAUUUAACUAAACAUUAUGAUCAUUUUAAAGAAACAUUUAUCAAUGAUAGAAAAUUAAUUGAUGUUGAACGACUUGAUUGUGAAUCGGCAUUUUUCUGGCAACAUCUUGUUGAAUAUCUUGGUCGAAAUAAUGAUUAUAGUGAAAAACUUGAUGCUAUACUACCUGAACUUGUCGAUCUUGUUGAUGUACUUUACGAAUUAAUUCGUUCGUAUCAUGAUGAUUCAACAAGUGAUUCUGUUGCUGCAGAAAUAAAUUUUGUUGUUGAUUGUGUUUUACAUGUUAUGGUUCAUUGUAAAUUUGAUGAUCUUGCUGGAAGAUAUCGUGUUGAAACAUUAUGUCGUGAUAUGUUUUUUAUGGAAGAAAUACAAACUUCAACAUAUAAAAUGAUUAUGAAUAUAAUGAAAAAAAUUGAACCAAAAUUUGAACAUCGACAAAGAAAAACAAUUGAAAUGUUAGCUGAUCUUGAAAAACGUGAAAGUCGAUGUACAGAACAUAUUCUAGCUGAUCGAAGAAGUGAACAUGAAAUUAUUACUUUACGUGAACGUCAAUCAUCUUUACAAGAUUGUUUACAUCGUAUUCGUGAUCAUGAUAUAGCAUCACAGAAUGUUAAUGAACGUGUUCAACUUGAAAGAGAUCUUAUUGAAGUUAAAGAACGUCUUUCAAAUUAUGAUCAUACAAUAAUAUCAACUCAAUCACAAUCACAUAUGACUUCAAUUACAUCUGCUGGUGAUCGUUCAACAAUUGAACAUCGAAAUUUUAUGCUUGUUAAACGUUUAACAAUUCUUUGUGAACUCCUAUCAACAACAAUGCCAAAUAAAAUUUUACCACCAUCAUUUGUAAAUUAUGCACGAGAUUUAGCUGUAUCAAGUCUUAUGUCACUUGAUAUACAAGUUCGUCGUCAUGCCGUUCGUGCAUUAGGAUUACUUGCAGUUUAUAAUAAACAUCUUAUGAUGGAAAAUCUUGAACUUAUUAAUAAAGUCGUAGAAAAUGAUGCAUCAGUUGCAAUUAUUGAAGGUUUAAAUGCAUUGGGUGACAUGUUUAUUCGACAUAAUGCUUUAAAUAUGAUGAAAAAUACAAAUAAUAGUCGACAACUUAUACAAGCUAUUGAACAAGGAUUUAAUCUUAUUGCUCAAUCGAUUGAUAGUCGAAUUAUAAAUGUUCGUUUAACUGCUUUGACAAAUAUGAUUAAAUUAUUCUUUGCUGGUCAAGUCAAUAGUGGUGAAGCAUUUGCUAAAUUAAUUGUUGCUUGGUAUGAUGAAUCAACUGAUAUUCGUGUUGGUGGUCUUCUAACAACAUUCUUUCCAACAUAUGCUGAUAAAUUUUGGCAAACUGAUAAAUAUUUAUUUAAUGCAUUACAACCAUCCAUUGAUGGGCUUUUAAAAAAUGAUUUAACUAAACAAGAACCAACAUUUGUUGCUGAUGCAAUCAAACUUUUUCUUCAAUUACAUCAAAUACGUGAACGGGCAGUUCUUAAUCAUCUCAUGCAAAAUGCUCCAUCAUCAUCAUCGGAUAAUGAUGGAAUUGAUGUUGAUUUAAAUGAUCCAAAUACAACAAAUCUUGAUUUAACAAUUCAUGCUCAUUUAAAUUGUUCAACUGUAUCAACAAAUAAACAAAUAUUAGAUAAAGAAAUUGUUGAAAAACAAAAACAUGAAGCUCGGUUAAAAUAUCAUUUUUAUAUUGUACGUACAAUACUAGGUCAAUUAAAAUCAUCAACAAAUGAUGAUCUUAUACGUUCAUUAGUUACAACAUUAAAUUUAAUCGAUAUAACAACAGAUGAUUGGACAAUUCUUAAAAAUUUAAGAAGUAAAUCAAAAAAAGUUAAUAAAUAUUUAACAGUUAGUAAACGAAAAGCUAAUUUAAAAUUAUUUAUUAAAAAAUUAUCAAGUCGUAUUGAAUUAUUACGUGGAUUUGAUGAUGAUAAUGAUACAACACUGAAUGAAUCGACACUUACUGAUUCAUCUCAAUUAAAUGCAACAGUUAUUAGUUCAAUUCCAGCACAUGUUUCUAAUGCAAAUUCAACAACACCUGGUUCACCACUUAUGGAUACAGCUUUUCGUGGUCUUGGGAAAAAAAAACGUAUACCGAAAGAUUCACUUCUUUCACAAACUUCUACGAAUUCAAUAAUUGCACCACCAGCACCAGCAACUGUACCUAUUCGUAAUGAAAAAAAUCAAACGAAACUUUGUAUUACACCUGCUAAAAAAAUGAAUGAUGAAAAUGUUUCAUCAUCAUGUUCAUCACCUUCGUCAGAAUCAGAAAAUGAAGAAGCAACAUCAGAUAUUGAAAAUGAAAAUCCUCAACCUCAAUCUAUCACAUCAGUUAAUAAACGAGCACGUGCAGAUGCAACAUCAACUGAAUCACUUAGUCCACCACGUAGUAGUAUUACAAGUACAUCACGUAUGAUACUUCGAUCAAGUGCACGUAAACAACAAGAUUCAUCACAACAAAUUCCAUUAUCAACACCUUCAUUACGUCAACAACGUAAACAUCGUCGUAUUGAUCUUGAUAUUACUCCUUUAAAUAUCAAUAAUAGCAAUAAGAAAAAACUACCGCCUACUCAAUCAUCAACACCUCAAAUAAAUAAAUAA